AUGCGUUCGCCGAUAUUAUAUUUCACUCUUACUUUUCUCUUUGCCUCUGCGAUGUUCUCUAACGCAGCCUAUAACAUAACGACACCAGGAACUGGCGUUAUUUGGCAUGCAUUCGACGCCGUCCAAGUAUUAUGGACUGGCACUGAUGAACCGAAUGUCGACGUAAGAUUGGUUUCUGGUCCAGCAGAAAAUCUAACGCAGUUUACAGUCCUCUGUACCGAUGUGCCCUCAAGUGUUGGACUGUGCAAUUAUACCGUGGAUGAGAAUAUUCCAAGUGGAAUUAACUAUGCCGUUACUGUUGGAAAACUUCCUGAAAAUUAUGCCUUUUCGAGUUAUUUCUCCAUCCAAACGAAAGAUCCACUUCCAGCAAACACUGGAUGUCCCAACUUUGGUGGCUACAAUUGCACUCAAACUUUCCCGUGUUGCAGUGCAUCUGGAUACUGUGGUGCCACCGAAGGCCAUUGCGGUACAGGGUGUGUUCCUCAGUUCAGCUUUAAUGGCAUUUGUGGUAUACCGACACCGCCCGCACCUCCCACUACCAAGUAA